AUGAGCAACUUCACUACCCCAGUUAACCUCCACAACGACAAGACCGUCCAAAACGGCGAGACUUCCCAGUUCAGCAUCAAUGCUGGUCUUGCUCAAAUGCUCAAGGGUGGUGUCAUUAUGGAUGUCAUCGAUGCCGACCAAGCUCGUAUUGCCGAGGAAGCUGGUGCUUGCGCUGUCAUGGCCUUGGAGCGUGUCCCUGCUGAUAUCCGCAAGAAUGGUGGUGUUGCUCGUAUGUCUGAUCCCAAGAUGAUCAAGGGUAUCCAAGAAGCUGUGACCAUCCCUGUCAUGGCCAAGGUCCGCAUUGGUCACUUUGUUGAGGCUCAAAUCAUCGAGUCCAUUGGCAUCGAUUACAUUGAUGAAUCCGAAGUUUUGACUCCUGCUGAUGAAGCCAACCACAUCAACAAGAAGAACUUCAAGGUACCUUUCGUUUGCGGUGCUAAGAACUUGGGUGAGGCUCUUCGUCGUAUCAACGAAGGUGCUUCCAUGAUCCGUACCAAGGGUGAAGCUGGUACCGGCAACGUUGUUGAAGCUGUUCGUCACAUGCGUACCGUCAACGCUGAAAUUCGUCGUGCUGCUGCCAUGACCGAUGAAGAGUUGUAUGCCUAUGCUAAGGAUAUCCAAGCUCCUUAUGAUUUGCUCAAGGAAACCGCUCGUCUUGGUCGUCUCCCUGUUGUCAACUUUGCUGCCGGUGGUGUUGCUACCCCUGCUGAUGCCGCUUUGAUGAUGCAACUCGGCUGUGAUGGUGUCUUUGUCGGUUCCGGUAUCUUCAAGUCCGGCGAUCCCGCCAAGCGCGCAAAGGCCAUUGUCCAAGCUGUUACCCACUUUAAGGAUCCCAAGGUCUUGGCUGAAGUCUCUGAAGACUUGGGUGAAGCCAUGGUUGGUAUCAACCUUGAUGAGUUGUCCGAGGACCAAAAGUAUGCCAAGCGUGGUUGGUAA